AUGUGCCAAGGAGGAUCUAAUCACUACGUUGGUUUGUGCUGUGUGUAUAGCUAGGGUAGAAGUAUUGUUUGAUUGUGUUCUGUGCCAUUACUACAUGCAAGCAUCAAUCCCAUCAAUCAAUUUCAUUAGUAAAUAGUAAAGAAGAUUGAUUUGUCCGUUCGUGCAGCCGGUACGCUUGUUUACUUUUAAUUACAAAACAAAAUAAGAAAAUGCAUUUCCUAGAUAACUUCAAUCCGGAAACUUCAGCUAGGGAGCGCCGUAAACUCAGUCGUAGAAGUUACUUUAUGAACCGCAGAAAUAAAAAUAUCUAUAAUGAGCGUGGUCACAUAACUGCGACUGGCAAAGAUCUAUGUGAUUGUUUAGAUGACUCUUGCGCUGGAUGCCAUUUCCCAUGUCCUAAGUGUAAUUCUACUAAAUGCGGCCAUGAAUGCAGAGUAAAUAGAAAAUGGAUGUAUGAGAAAAUAGAAACAGAAGGAAACGAUUUUGUCAUAAAAAACGAUUACAAGCACAAAUAAUUGAGUCCUUACCUACAAUAUCUUGCUAUGUUAGAAGUAAUGUUUGUAUGUAGUAUUUGUAUGUAUUUCUUUAUAUUUAAUUUAAUUAGUUGCUAAACAUUGCAAUAUCUAAAGUAAUAAUUUGUGAUAAUGUAUCUAAAUUACAAUUUUAAAUAAAAAUAGUUUUCAUGAUAUUCAUAUUCAAAAGUAGAAUAAAUUGAAUUCCCUUCCCGUCUGUCCAUUUUCACUAUU